UGUCUUCUGCCACAAAUGCCGAUGUCGGCAACAUGGACAAUGAGAGCAUCAAGAAAUUCCUGUUCCAGAUAGCCAUGAAAAGCGAAUGGGAAGAUGUUGUCCAGGCGUAUAAGCAAAAUAAGCGGGCUCACAAGGCAAGGAUCACCAAGUCAGGUGACACGGCAUUGCACAUAGCAGUGUUAGAUGGCCAACAGAAACAUGUUGACGAACUGGUAAAACUGGUUUCCGAAGAGGAGCUGAAACUCCAAAACAAGCGAGGGAAUACACCUCUCCAUUUUGCUGCAGCACAGGGGAAUGUGACAAUGUGCCAGUACAUUGCCAAAAAGAGUCCUUUCUUGGUUAGUAUUCUCAACAAAGAUAAAGAGACCCCUCUCUUCUUGGCUGCUCUCCAUGGUAAAAAAGACGCCUUCUUGUAUCUCCACUACAUAUGUACUCCUGAAAAGUCUCGUCCAAACUACGAUUAUUGUAGGAGGGGUGAUGGAGAGACUAUAUUGCAUUGUGCAAUUGCUGGGGACUACUUUGAUUUGGCAUUUCAUAUAAUAGCCCUGUAUAAAGAUCUAGUUAAUUAUAUUAAUCACGAUGGAUUUUCCCCCCUCCAUCUUCUGGCAAGUAAACCUUCUGCCUUCAUGAGUGGUAGCCACCUUAGACCUUGGACUACAAUCAUUUACCACUGUAUAUUGGUCGAUGAGCUGAAUGUGGAAGAAGAAGAUGACUUCGAUAAGCGGGUAAAAAAUAUAAUCAACAAUCAAAAGGCUUCGAAAUACCCAGAAAAUUACGAAACCUGUAUCAGCUUCCUGACGCUGUUCUGGAGAAUGGCUUCGCUUCUCUUGACUAGUCUGUUCAGGAAUAUGGCUCAACUAUUUGCUACUCGAUCUUUUGUAGUUUCUAAUAAAGAAGUCGGCCAGGGAAGAGGCGGAAAACAAUCCACAGAUGUAGAGAACGCUAAAGAAACUACUGAAGGACAUUCAGGUCCAUACAACACCUGCUUUGAUUUUGUCAAGCUCUUAUCAAAGGCAAUGCUGAUUGUUCUUGGAUUAGGGUCUAAUGAGAUCCGGAAGAUAAGGAACAAAAAAGAGAAGAACAAAUGGGCCGUUCAGAUCAUGGACAAGCUACUAGAAAGUUCUUUGAUGUAUGAAUAUGAAGACAGUGGUAUGAACCCGCAGGCAGAAACAAUAUUAUCAUCCCACAAGGACGAUGAAACAAAGCCGUACGAUAUUACAGACGGUGGCGAUAACAUCACCUUUGGAAGCAUUGAAGAACAAUCAAUGACAGUUCAAUCUAGUGCAACUGAUCCACAACAAAACGGUAACAAGGGAAACAACAUUAAAGAAAAGGAAGUCACCAGAGAAGAAAUUAUAAAGAAAUUGUCGGAGUUGCUCUUGCCGCCAAAAUUAACUAUAGAGAAAACCCCUGAGAUUGAAAAGAAGGAAACACCCAUAUUGAUUGCUGCGAAGAAUGGUGUGACUGAAAUGGUGGAGAAGAUCCUAGAACUUUUUCCAGUGGCCAUCCAUGACCUUAACUCACAGAAAAAGAACAUAGUUUUGCUGGCUGUGGAGCACAGGCAACCCCAUGUGUACAAACUCUUGAUAAAGAGUAAGAUCACGAAAGAAAGCGUUUUCUGCAAAGUGGAUAAAGAUGGCAAUAGUGCAUUACACCUUGCAGCAACUCUAGGAGAAUAUAAACCUUGGUUAAUUCCUGGUGCUGCCUUGCAAAUGCAAUGGGAAAUCAAGUGGUAUGAGUUCGUGAAAAGCUCAAUGCCGCUCCACUUCUUCGCCCGCUACAACAAGAAGGGCCAAACGGCAAAGGACAUCUUCACCGAAACCCAUACCGAGAUCGUCAAAGACGGCGGGAGUUGGCUGACCAACACCUCACAGUCCUGCUCCGUCGUCGCAGCACUCAUCGCCACCGUCGCCUUCGCCACGGCCUCCACCGUUCCUGGUGGCACCAACGAGAACAACGGCAAGCCGACCCUCGAAAACCAGCCAGCUUUCGACAUCUUCGGCAUCGCCUCCCUCGUCGCCCUUUGCUUCUCCGUCACGUCAAUGGUGAUGUUCCUGGCAAUUCUGACGUCAAGGUAUCAGGAGAGGGACUUUGGGAAAGACCUGCCGAGGAAGCUUCUCUUCGGCCUGACGUCGCUGUUUUUGUCCAUCAGUUCGAUGCUGAUAUCGUUUUGCGCCGGGCACUUUUUCGUGCUCAAAGAUAAACUCAAGUACGCGGCGUUUCCGGUGUAUGCAAUAUCGUGUUUGCCGGUGUCAUUUUUUGCUAUAGCGCAGUUUCCGUUGUACGUUGAUCUGGUGUGGGCGACAUUUAAGAAGGUGCCGCAGCGGACUUAUAGGGAAUGACCAUAAAUAUAUACUAAAAAUAUGAACUGUCUCGAUCAGUCUUUGAAUUACAUAUAUCCACCGAAAGAGACAAGAAUCUGCUCUCAUUCCACCACAUCGCGCUCCUUCACUUGUGUCUUGCAACUCCG